ACGGGGCCCUCCAGGGAGGCUGCCCCUCAUGCUGGACUCCCCCCAUGACAGGCGCCAGGCGCGGGGUGGGAGCUGGAAAACCUUCUUUGCCUUGGGCAGGGCACCUGCCAUCAGCCACAAGAGAGUGCAGCGCCCAGGCGGGCAGACGGGGCUCCGGGCCGACACUGUCACGCUGCGAUCCGCCAAGAGUGAGGAGUCACUCACGUCUCAGUCCAGCACCGCGGGCCUGCACAAACUGAACCGCCUGCGGCGCCCGCGCUCCAGCAGCGACGCCUUCCCGGCCCUGCCUGGAGCCCUCCCCGGGUCCCUGCCAGCCCCCCUCAAGCCCUGCCGCUCCUGCGAGUCACUGAGCUCCUCGGCCUCCGGCGGCUACAGCGAGAGCCUGGCACCCCAUCGCCGCACCUCCCUCUGGCUGGAUGAUGAGGGCGAGCUGGACUCGGACCCAGAGCUCAGCCCCCCCGGCUUCCUGGACUUGGACGUGCUCCCCUUCCGGCGCAGCUCCCCCCGGUGCCCCUCGCUCUCUGAGGCCUCUGACUCGGCCCCCAGCCCCACCCGCCUUCCCUUCGCCUGCAAGGUGACCCGGGCGCUGUCACCCCGCGGCCCGGAGCCUCCCACAGCUGCCCUAGAGAUCUCAGAACCCGUGGCCAUCUCGCUGCCUGCCAAGGUGCUGGAGAUGCUGGGGGGGGGUGAGGCUGGGGGUGUGCUGAGGCCCGGACGGCGCUGGGGAACGCGCAGCCCCCCCCACAUGAUCUCCCGGCUGCUGCAGGCCGGCGACGGGAUGCUGACUGACAGCUGCCAGCGUGAGGUUCAGCACAAACUGACCCAAGCCGAGAGCGGAAGCCUGGCCCAGAGUGAGUGCGCCAAAAGCUCCCAGCCCCCUCCAGAACUCCCCGCCAGCCAGAACCCCCCCGAACCUCCCAGCCCCCUCCAGAACUGCCCGCCAUGGGGGUUUGGGGGUUACGAGUGGGCGUGCUGA